ACAGCCUUUUGAAUACCAGAACCUCACUGAAGCAACCGUCGGGAUUCGGGGAGACGCACUAUGUCAACGACCACCAUCACCAAGGCCGCAGAAGCCUUGCAAGCGACAUUGCCAAUCGUAGCAGAACCAGCAAAGCCGAAGCAGCAGCUCAGCACCUACCAAGGCUAUGACAACGUCCACUGGUAUGUCGGCAAUGCCAAGCAGGCUGCCGCGUAUUAUACCACUCGUAUGGGGUUCAAGAAGAUCGCAUAUCGCGGCCUAGAGACGGGCUCGCGAGUUGUUGCUUCACAUGUCAUCAGGAAUGGCGACGUAACGUUCGUCUUCACCUCGCCUCUCCACGCACCGAAGACCAAUAGCACCGGCUGGUCGGAGGAAGAGAAGCAGCUCGUCAAUGAGAUUCACGAUCAUCUAGCGCAGCACGGCGACGCCGUCCGAGACGUCGCCUUCCAGGUUGAUGAUGUACACGCCGUCUACGAGGCUGCGGUGAGGAAUGGCGCCAAGGCUGUAUAUCCGCCCAAGGAGCUGUCGGAUCAGUUCGGUACUGCGAAGUACGCUCGCAUCCGUACAUAUGGUGACACCACUCAUACGCUCAUUGAGAGGAGGGACUACCAUGGUGCCUUUCUUCCCGGCUUCAGAGCGGUUGAGGAAGAGGAGAAAACAGCCAGAUACCUGCCGCCGGUGCAGUUGGAGAAUAUCGACCAUUGCGUUGGCAACCAGCCCUGGGAUGAGAUGGACGCAGCCUGCGACUACUAUGAGAAGGCGCUGGGCUUCCAUCGCUUUUGGUCCGUCGACGAUAAAGACAUAUGCACAGAAUAUUCCGCGCUGAAGUCCGUGGUGAUGGCGUCUCCCGACGAGAAGAUCAAGAUGCCCAUCAACGAGCCUGCCAAAGGGCUGCGGAAAUCGCAGAUCGAGGAGUAUGUUGAUUUUUACAAUGGCGCUGGCGUGCAGCACAUCGCCCUAAGGACAGAUGACAUCGUGAGCGCCGUCUCCAACCUCGCUGAGCGCGGCGUUGAGUUCAUCAGGGUGCCGGACUCGUAUUACGAGCUGAUGGCGAAGAGACUCUCAGCCGCCGGGUUAGAGCUGUCGCAGGAUUUCGCCAAGUUGAAGGAGCUUGGCAUCCUCAUUGACUUCGACGAGAAUGGCUACUUGCUUCAGCUUUUCACGAAACAUUUGAUGGAUCGACCGACCGUCUUCAUAGAGAUCAUCUACCGCAAUAACUUCAGCGGAUUUGGUGCUGGCAACUUUAAGAGUCUAUUCGAGGCCAUUGAGCGGGAGCAGAUGGCUCGUGGCAACCUCUAGGUACGGUGUCGUAGAUGCAACCUUUUGCCGUGCACAAAAAGACCAGGAGUAGGUAGAUAGGAGGGUGCAGUGCAUCGUAAGGAGG